GGUAGGCGGGUAUAAGAGGGGGUUCCCAGCGCGGGGGUUUACGAGCUGCUGCCAUCUUUCCUGUCUGAAUCCUGUCAGCGAGCUGAGUGCCAUGGCCGAGGAGACCGUAUCCGUGCCUACCGAGUCCUCCAAGCCUGAAGCUGUAGAUGCUCCUUCAACAUCGUCUGACAAAGUUGCUGUGGAGGAUGUGGAAUGUGAAGCCAAAAAGCUUAUGGGUGCAGGUCACAGAAACUUGGUGAUGAAGGAUAUAAAGUCAGCAGUUGCUGCUUUUCAAGAAGCCAGCAGCCUAUUAGCUAAGAAAUAUGGGGAUACAGCUGAUGAAUGUGCUGAUGCCUUCUUCUCGUAUGGAAUUAGUCUCCUUGAACUGGCCCGGAUGGAGAAUGGUGUGUUGGGUAAUGCCUUGGAAGGAAUACCAGAGGAGGAGGAAGAAGAAGAUACGAAAGAGGAUCCAAAUAUUCCAAGUGCAGAGAACAUAGAUGACAAAGAAAGGGAGCAGUUGAGAGAGCAGGUAUAUGACGCUAUGGCAGAAGAAGAGAAGCCUGCAGAUAAACCAGAGAAGGAAGGGAAGGAAAAUUGUGAGAAAACAACAAACUCAAAAGCGAAUGAGUGUGAUGGGAAAUCUGAAGAUAAAAUGGAGGAAUGUGAUGUGGAGGGUGAAAAGCAGGGGGAAUGCAGUGUGAAACCCACUGAAAAUGAUAAAACUGAUUUGGAGACUAAAGAUGAGCCUGAAGGUGAUCACAUGGAAGAGGGUGAAAAGCCAGCUGCAGCAUCUUCCAAAGGUCCUGUGGAAAAGGAAAAUACUGAAGUGAAAAACACUGAUUCAAAGAGUGAAUCCAAAAGUGAAGCCUCUAAAACUGAAUGCAGUGAUCAAGCAGUAGAAGAAAAGGAUGUUUUAAAGGAUGAAGGGAAAGAUUCAAAGGAUGAAGGGAAAGAUUCAAAGGAUGAAGGGAAAGAUUCAAAGGAUGAAGGGAAAGAUUCAAAGGAUGAAGGGAAAGAUUCAAAGGAUGAAGGGAAAGAUUCAAAGGAUGAAGGGAAAGAUUCAAAGGAUGAAGGGAAAGAUUCAAAGGAUGAAGGGAAAGAUUCAAAGGAUGAAGGGAAAGAUGCUGUUGCUCCUGAAACAUCUGAAGAGAAGCAAAGUGUCCAAACAGAGGAAGAAAAACCAGAUGAAGUGUCUGAGAUGGAGGAAACUGCUUCAAAAGAUCAAUCUGGAGAUCAAGAGGAAGAAACAGAAGAACAAAUGGAAGGUGAAGAUGGUGAAGACUCUGUAGAAAAUGAGGAAACCGAAGAGAAGGAAAAUGAGGAAGAUGAUGUUGGUAACCUGCAGCUGGCGUGGGAAAUGCUGGACCUGUCAAAGAUAAUCUUUAGAAGGAAAGAAACUAAAGAAGCUCAGUUAAAAGCAGCACAAGCACAUCUGAAACUCGGAGAAGUUAGUGUUGAGUCAGAAAACUACUCCCAGGCAGUAGAAGACUUCUUGGCCUGUCUGAAGAUACAGCAAGAGCACCUUGAAGCUCACAACCGCCUCCUUGCAGAAACUCACUACCAGCUAGGUUUGGCUUAUCAGUACAACUGCAAACAUGAGGAUGCAAUAUCACACUUCAAUAAAUCAAUCGAUGUCAUUUCAGGAAGAAUAACUGUGCUCUCAGGGAAAAUAGAAGCGGCCACAGAGCCAGAUGCUGAAAUUGAAGAGUUGAAAAACCUGCUCCCUGAUAUCAAAGAAAAGAUUGAAGACUCAAAGGAAGCUCAGAAAACUGCUAUAGCAACAGAAAUUGCCCUUAAAGAGACACUGGCUGGAGGUUCUUCAGGAUUUUCUUCUAAAGAGAAUGGAAGCACUUCAACAUCCAUGGACAAAAAUAGCAGUGACUGCACUGUACCUGUUCAAAACUGUGUGUCUGAUAUUUCUCAUCUUGUGAGGAAAAAGAGAAAACCUGAAGAGGAAAGUCCACUAAAAGACAGUGAAGCAAAGAAAGCUAAACCAGAUCUGGUUGAAAAUGGAGAUGGGAGUGAAGAUGCAGUAGUACCUACAAAUGAAGAAGCAGAGAAAGCUGAAGAGGCUGGACAGAUACCCAUGGAAACGGCAGCUGUGGAGAGUUCUGCAUGACCAAUUCACUUGAUCACUGUUUUUUGUAUAUAAAUGUAUUUUCUGAAAUUUUUUGUUGCGUGUCCUUUUUGUAAAAGAAAUAAAGAUGAGAUUUAAAAAUUGUG